AUGUGCACAACUUACAAAAUCCGUUACCUCCCUUGCAAACGCAAAGGCUACGACCUCUGCGUCGCCGCAGAUUUUCAACAAUGCCAAAAGGCUAAAGAGAGUCACGAGAGCUGUACCGUAUCAACCACCAGAACCAUAUGGAUCGAUUACAAGUGUCCCCAACAUGGAGGACCAGCACCGCAAGAAAGAGAGAAGCUGAUGAAGAAGAGGGGCGUACACGGCACAAAUAGGCAAAUUGUGAUCAGGAAGGGGGACAGGCCAAGUAGGUGGGAAGGUGCCGUUUGUGUGAUUGGUCGUUCAAGUAUAGCGAUUAACACAAUGGCGUCGGCAACCUCCCAAUCACACCCUCUCUUGCAGGCUUCCUCGGCUGCCUACGCCAUCUUGGCAAUUGGCCAUACAAUGAAAGGUCUCGAUCAGUUCAAACAUCCCACGAUGAAUACCCUCCCGGUCAUGCUCCGUGGUGCCAGUAAGAUCGGUUGGUACGAAGGUAGCGGUUUCUUCCUGAUGAUGAGUAUACUCAAUUACAAAUGGUCGGUUACUGGUAUCUACGAUGUAUACGACAAGAGCAUCGCAGGCAUCUUGACAGGUAUGCUAGCUGCUGCUGGUGCGGCUUACUGGAAGAGCAAUGAUAAACCUACAGCCAUUACACUGGCUGUUGUUGCAAUUUUGCAGGGACUUGGAAAAUACAUUAUCAUUACUGCUAUGUCAGGCCCCACUAUUGAACCUGCUAUCGAAGAAACCAUCAUCGUAAAC